AUGUCACUCCGCACGCACUCACAGUCGCACGAGUUGCCCAAUACAGACACUGUUCAGACUCUCCAUUACCCUCACCCCACAUCUCCAUCAGAUACUACACUCAGCAACUCGACAACCACUCCUCACCACGUCAUGGGUGGCGAACGGGGUCAAACGUCACUGGCCUUAUUCACUACACCAACGGCAAGUCAGCGUAACUCGGACUCGGUUCUCACUCCACCUCGACUUCCUCCUCCCAACUUCAGCCCUUGGAGGUUCUCCACUUCCGACCGCCAGUCUUGA